CAUCUUCUUCUCCUUCUCGACUCUUCCUCCCGACAGCCCCCUCCAAGCCCUCUAGCCACCAACUCUUUUCUUUGAGAAAAUUGGUGACCAAACUUGGGAUUUUCUCCUUCUUUUCUUGAUAAGUAACGAGAUUUGGGGCUUAGAAUUCUCUCUCUCAACCCAGAAAUCCCGGAUCUGCUCUGUUCUUCUCCCUUGUCCGUCGGGUUCUGCUGGGUUUGAAUCCUUCGGCUUUUUCUGGUAAGAAGCAGCCAUGAAAUUCAUCCUCUUUAGCUUUGAUUUGGCUUGGGUUACUCUAAUUUCUGUUUGGUUCUUGAAUUUGGGUUAAUUCCGUGAGCUUCCCCUGCACUUGCCGUCGGCUUCCUCACCAGCCAAGCUCGGGUUCUGCUGGCUGGAAUUCUGGAAGUGAAAUCGAGGACGGGGAAACCACAGGAAGUGACAAGUUAGAAGGCUAGCCAUUUCGAGAUUGAGCAUAGAUUUAGAAAUAAAUCAUGAUCUUGUAUUUGGAGAUUUUAUUGGAGAUUUAUGAUAUCAGAGAGAUUUUAAAUUUUGAUCUUUAGAUUUUGAUGGUAUUAGUUUGUGAUUUGAAUAAGUUCCGAGCCUUGUGCACUUGUGGGACCUGUCUCACGAGUGCACGGUGUCUGUCGCGCCUCGGAUUUGGGUUCUGGGGGGUGACAAUAUUAUUUUCAUUACUUAUGUAAGAUAGGCCUUAAUUUUAUUAUUUAUUAAUCACUCCUUAUAUCUCCAUCUAAUACUCAAUCUAGGUUAGGUUUUCCCCCCUGUAGCUUGAGCAGAAGGGUUCAGAGAAAUAUUUAUCUCUUCUUUAGAUGACACCAUCUUUACCUGUAGUUCUUACUAUUACUAUUAUUAAGCUGCAAACAAAAUUCAAAAAUGUAAAAAGUAAAAUAGAAUGUAAGCU